AUGCGCCGGAAGCCUGGCAUUGCCGGUCUCAUCCGAGAGAAGGAACAGCAGAGUGCUUACGGGGCUGUGGGGGAGCAGCUGGAGGCAGACAAAGACCAACAGGCGCGACAGCACCUGGAAACGCUGCAGAGCUCCCUGAAGAGCUUCGCCUCGAAGCAUCGAAACCGCAUCAACUCUGACCCGCAGUUUCGGAAGUCCUUCUGCGACAUGUGCAUUGCAGCAGGGGUGGACCCUUUGUCAAGCAGCAAAGGCCUUUGGGAUGAGCUGCUGGGCGUCGGACAAUUCUACAGCGAUCUCUCGGUGCAGGUGCUCACACAGUGUAUGCGCACCCGGGACGAGAAUGGCGGUCUACUGGACCUCCGGCAGUGCUUGGCGAACGUGCGACGCGCUCGGCCUGGGGAGAAGUUGGCGCUGGAGGAUUUGGAGCGGGCCGUGGAGUGUUUGGCACAGCUGGGCCCUGGCGUCUCCAUCCGCUUCUGUGGCCGGCAACGGCUUUUGUGCUCCGUGCCCGACGAGCUCAGUGGGGACACGGCACAGGUGAUAGAGCUGGCAGCGGCAUCCGGCGGGAAAGUGUGCGCAGCCGACCUUUUGAGGAAAGGCUGGACCACGGAUCGCGCGGACCAAGCGCUCUUGCAUUGUAUCCGGGAGGGCCUAUGCUGGGUGGAUAAGCAGGACGAAGCGGUGCCCUUGUGGUGUUGGUUUCCUAGUAUCGCCUUGGCAGAGCUGGAGAAGCCAAUGAGUGAGAGCACGGCAUGA